CAGUUACGUGAACGUCGUCAGUCUUCUUAUGAAGAGUGCCUAAGUUUUGUAAGGAAGCGUAAGUAAAAUAUUUUGAUAGGUACUAUUUUAUCUGAAAUGCAACCACUUCUUGUAGUGUUUCCAUUUCGGAUGUGAACGACGACGUUUCGACUGCGUUUGCUACUCUUCUUGAAGGAAUAAGGUCGACUGGUAACUCUUCACCUAAUGAAGCAUUAUUCUGCUAUCGCUUAGCUAACCUCUCUCCAGCAAUUUUAUUUUAGGUUGCCUUCGUUCACGUCUGAAGAAGCAGAAACAAUAUCUUGAUCAGCGAACGAAGAGAUUCUUCAAGAGAGAAAAACGAGGUAAUAAAAGAAUGUUUAGUUUGUGAAAAUCAUUCUGGCUUAGAUUAAAGGAUUGCUAAUUUAAAUAUGGCCACGCAUUUGGCAUGUGACUGGUUAUUUUGCUAUAUGUAAUAGAAGUGACCUGAAAUCAGACAGAUUUUUGCUAUAUUUAGUCCGAGUUCGUAAACAUGAAAGCAAAUGGUCACGGGCAAAGAGUUUCCAUCAUAAAGUACAGCACCUGUGUUAUCAUCAUCUUCCCUUGGCACAAGUGGUAAGAUGAAAUAAUCAUUUCAAUCUUCAAAGCAUAAUAUAAGCUGCCUAUUAAGGUUUUCUAGCCGAAUAAUAGUCAAUCACAAGGGCUCUUCACAUGAUGGUCUCAGUUUUCGCUUAAUCUGGUACCGUAUGGAGCUUUGUGCUUGGUUUUCUCUUUGAGAGUGCUCAGUCUUUGUAUUAUUUUGCUUAUUUCUCACUACGACCAUGUUCAAAUUGAACAGGUAUUGAUGCAAAAUGGCCUGAUAGUACGGGAGGCCAGUUUCAUGAAAAUGUUUAAUAUUCCGUUUCACUCAAGUAACCCUUAGUAGUGAUUAGCAUGCAAUUUCUCCUUACAAUAUUACCCCUGAAUCACAUAUUAAGGUUAUGAGAAUAAAGAAAAUGAUAACCAACGAAAGAAUGUUUUGAUCGGUAAACAAAUUCUCCUUGUCAGCACCUUAAGGAAUGUAUAAAGAACAGUAUGGAGAAUAUGUAUACUGAUUUUAGGGUGUAAAGGGUUAAAGGAAGAGGCAAACACAUUUUCUAGAUUCACAUUUGAGACUCGCUUUCCUCUCACGGCAAUAGGGAUUGCAGGUUCCAUUCUAUCUCAGGUCACGGACCGUUCACAAUGUGAUCAUAUCAGAUGUAGCGUAGGAAACGUAAUUCUGCACCCAAAUUUCAAAAUGAGGUGCCUGCUCGCGUGACAACAGCCUGUUAAAGAGCAGUAAACAGGUUUGAGAGUUUGUAUCGGGCGUAAGAAUGGUAAACCGUAACUGACAUUCUAUUACAUCGUGGCAGUAUCGUGUCCUUUCAUUUUUUUCAGAUGCGGGUAAUUGCUUCAUUGAGAAGGGAAAAAAUGAUACCAUUUAUUCUCCCGAGUCUAUCAGCUUGACUUUUAAAAAAUUGAAAAGCUCUGGAGGAUAUGAAGGGAAGGUGUCAUGGGAACCUUUCAAAGGUAAGCUAGGUGAUCACACCAGUUUUUUAAAAUCACCACUGCGGUCAGCCUGUAUUAAGCGGUCGGCACGCCAUUCCCCAUGGAUAAACGCUUAUAAUACAAGUUUGACUGUAUUUUCCGUAUUUUUUUCUGUAUUUUUGGCACUCCCACCGGUUGAGAGCAUGUCAGUUAAUCCCACCAGGACGAAGAGGUGAUAGUAAAUAAAAAGAAAAAAUGAACCUGUUACAAGUAGGCAAGUAACCACAAGAAAUGCUAAAUUUUCUCUAAUUUUAGGCUUCGAAAACAUGAAAAUUCGAAUGUCUCACGAGGUCUUAAUUUUACAAUUUCCUCCUCUAAUGUAGGACUAAGGAGCAAACUUUUUCAAGGCCCAGGACACUUUCUAGGCUGCAAUGUAGAAUUAUCACAACCAGCUGAAUUGAGGUUCUUUGACUUUUUACCAGAUGACGCGUUAAACUGGACUGGAUAUAAAGUAAUCUAUAUCAUAAACCGAACUGACGUAGAAUGUAAGGUCUUUGGCAAGGUGAGGAAAAUUUCCCCUUCGGAGCAUGUUUUUCAUUAGUUGACGAGUUUACUCAUUUCUGCUUCGUGGUGUGUUUGUUCACAAGAAGUCUACCACUUAAUUGCGCUGAGACUGCCUCCCACAACUUUCAUAUGCUUUAUUUUCAACACAGAUGACAUAGACUUACUAAAACUAAAGUUCCUGGAAUUGCAGAAUCACAUUUUACUAUUUAAAAUUCUGUUUUCUCCAAUUAAACAUGUCUUGGCUUAUUGAGGCUUGAGAUCUGAUGAAAGUGUCUGUUAUUUAGUGAACAAAGAAUUCCCGCCUUAAGCAUAGGCGGAAAAAAAACGCAAUCGAGGCACCGUUUGUCAGAGGAUACAAAGAAAAAUGUAAAAUCCCUUUCCGAAAAUGCCUAGUAAUGCCCCUAAAGAAAUGCACGCGGUACGAACAACAAUAUACAGAACCGUCACGCAUAUCUGUGACAGACUAUUUGACGAAUUAUCGCUUACUGCAGGGCCAUUUACUUUACCGCAGAUCUGACCAGCCAGCUUCUACAAACCGUACUCUGAUGAGCUGAGGUUCUCGUAAGGUCGGAUCCUGUGAGCAGUGUUAUCCUUUGCUGUACGAUCGUAUCUUUCAUUGCUCUUUCGUUUUGUAGCGGUCACUGACGUUUAUCAUCCAUACAAUGAUCGCCACACCUAGCACAACACCCAUUGCAGUACACCUUAGUACUAAGAUGAUGGCACACCGCUGCACUUCAAUGGGUUACGCUUCAUGUGGCUUUAGGCUAUUGCUAAACGAUUUCUGAAAGCGUACCUGGCGGAUAUAGAUUUUAGUUUAGCGCACUAAAACUGACAUACAUGCCCAGUUAGCAUAAUUUUACUGUGUCUGUUUCAGAAUUUUACGAGCUAUAAAAUACAAGAGCUGCAAAGUGGAUGGAUAAUGGCUGCGCUUGUAAGUAAUUUGUUUUGCGCAUAUCAAUUAAUAGUUGAAUUAUGAGAUCGAAAUUUUCAUCGCGUGAUGGCGUCACAAGAAGUGUGGAAAGAGGAAUUGAACUAGGCUAUUUGUUAUCUUAUAUUUUAGCUGGAAGGCCUUAGCGCUUUAGGCGUGCCUGCUGAAAGGUAAAGCAGAUACCUCUUUCGUCACUAACAUUCAAUUUGUAUUGACACUUUCUUUUUCAUUAGGUUACUCUUCUGCCAUACCCGACUGGAUACGGUCUUUCGACCCCCGGUAAGCUAAUGAAACGUAUCAACUAUUAUCAAGAGGGUUAGGGUUAUCAAGUGUCAAGAAAGAGAAAUUCUGAACAGAUAUUACCAGCUUGCCAGAUAUUGACAGCCCGCCAUGUUGUGCUGAGAAUAACCCUCACAUGAUCCAACAUGGUUAAGAAUGUGAGAUUCGAAAUCGAAGCCUAUCAUUCUUUAUUCCAAUUACGGCUUCGUCAAAUAACAUCGAUUGUCGUCAGGCCAAAGGCGAUGAAUGAAAUCGGUCGGCGUGCCCUUAUUUUCGCAAGUUAAGACAGUGCACUCUCCUCAAAGGAUCUGCAAGAUCUUCUGGACUUCCAAGUUUUUUCUUUGGAAAACAUUUCUGAAAGACCUGGAGUCUCUUAGCCUUUCAAAAAUUGCUUGCGUGGAGCAGUACGCGGAACCGAAAUAAUUUUUUUCCUCUGCGAGCAUCGAAAUAAGCAGCAGGAGAUUAAAUAUGUGUUGAUUCAAGCCUUUUUAGCGAAAAACCAAUCUCUCAUUAAGACAAUCCAGAAAACGUUUAUUUUCUAAUAACUUAUUCCACAUCUUAUUUCACUGAGCCAACUUUCGGUUGGAUUAUUCAUUUCGCAAUUAGAUUGCAAUUAACUGAUAAGCAGCCUGUUUUUCCUCGGCAUUUUUUUCAUUUUUUUUUCAGAUUGUGAUGUUUCACAUGAAAAAAUUUGUAGGUUUGGUGAGUAUUCCUUAUAAUAUCAAUGUGUGUAUAGGUAAUAACAUGAUUUCGAGUGCACUCUGGUGUUAAUAAGCACGAGUAGAGUUAAUUCUUUCAAAGACAACAAAAUUGCACGAGCCCGUUGAGCGAACGCAAUUUGUAGCCUUUGAAAAACUUACAAGCGCUUGUUUACACCAAAUUGCAAGAGAAAUCAUUCUAUUACUCAUUACGGUAGCGAUAACAACGACAACAACAACAAAAACAAAAACGUCAACACCAGGUUUGCUUUAAAAGAUUGCAUAUCUCAAUUUUGAGACACCAAAACUGUAGAAAUGAAUCUAAGUUUUCAACUGCGUACUUUUCGACUGGAAAUUAUUAUUAUUGUUAUUAUUACUAUUAUUAUUAUUAUUAUUAUUAAUAGUAGUAGUAGUAGUAGUAUUGUUGUUGUGGGGUCAUGUUGCACUUGCUAUAACUUUGUAAUUUUAAAAGAAUUAUUAUUAAUAAAUUUUUUAUCCUUUGCAGAUGUCAUAACAAAGGCUCCAUCAACGAUAAAAACAACAACAACAACAGCAUCAACAACAACAACAAUAUCAACACCAGGUUUGCUUUUAAAAGAUUGCAUACUUCAAUUUUGACACAUCAAAACAGUAGAAAUGAAUCUAGGUUUUCACAUGCCUACUUUCUGACUGUAAAAAGGAAAAUUUAUUUCUUCAGAGGCACAUAAUUCUUAAUAAAUACUUGAUGACAAAGUAGUAUCAAAUUUCUUGAAGGGGUCAACAGACCUAAUAGUAGAGCAAAUUAGUUAAAAUUAGGACACAAAGUAUUUUUUCUUAAGUAUUCAGCUUCUAUUUACAAUUUUGGCAAAUAGAUAUGUUUUAUAUAUUCAUUGCAAAUAUUGUUCUACCAGCCAUAAACUUUAUGUUAAAGGGAUAGUUUUCACGUAAAAAUCUGGUUAUCUUUUUAGUGUUAAGCUCCACUUCCUACGUUUUAAAAUUUCCUGUUUCAUACUUUUUUGCUUUUUGAUUUAUCAAUACAUAUAAGAUACGACUUUCUACAAUAAUUACUGACAACUACUUAUAAGACGAUCAGGUUAACUUUUCUUUCCUGUUUUAAGUGAAAUUCUUGCAAAUUUUGGACAUUUAACCCUUUUGACGCUAAAUGACCUUUACUAUUUGAUAACUUAUCGAAAUAUGUGUGCAAAAUAUCUUCGUCAAAUACUGGAAGGAUGUCCGAAGAAGGCCUUGAAGGAAUAACCUACUAAAGGGAUUAAUAAAUUAUGCUUGUAGAGGUCAACGUAGACAAAUUUCUCGAAAACAAGAGUGCUGGAAAAAUCUUGGUGAUGACAAAAAACCUUUUAUUAUCAAAUUAAAAUGGGUUGUCGGAAGCGAAGAUUAUGACAAUUUCGAUAGCGACAACAACGAUAGCAACAACAACAACAAGAAUGUCAACACCAGGUUUGCUUUAAAAGAUUGCAUACCUCAAUUUUGAGACACCAAAACUGUAGAAAUGAAUCUAAAUUUUCAUCUGCGUACUUUCCAACUGGAACUAUUACUAUUGUUAUUAUUAUUAUUAUUAUUAUUAUUAGUAGUAGUAGUAGUAGUAGUAGUAGUAGUAGUAGUAGUAGUAGUAGUAGUAGUAGUAGCAGUAUUGUUGUUGUCUGUCAUGUUGCACUUGCUAUAACUUUGUAAUUUUGAAAGAAUAUUUAUUAAUAAAUUUUUUAUCCUUUGUAGGUGUCGCAAAAAAGGCUCCACCAGGUUUGCUUUUAAAAGAUUGCAUACUUCAAUUUUGAGACACCAAAACAGUAGAAAUGAAUCUAGGUUUUCACAUGCCCACAUUCCGACUGGAAAAAGGAAAAUUUAUUUCUGCAGAGGCACAUAAUUCUUAAUAAGUAUUGGAUGACAACGUACUGUUAAAUUUCUUGAAGGGGUCAACAGACUUUACAACUGACCUAAUAGUAGAGCGAAUUAGUUAAAAUUAGGACACAAAGUAUUUUUUCUUAAGUAUUCAGCUUCUAAGUGAAUGAAGAUUUUAGAUAUAUGAAAAUUCAUAUAUUUGCACUGCGGUGGAGAGAUGAAAUUAGGAGAUCCUCGCAGCUAAGAACACUUGGAUGUUUAUUUGGACCCAUUUCAUUGACCAGCUCCCAGUUGGCUUGUUAGCUCAAUUGGUAGAGCGCUGCACUGGUAUCGCAGAGGUCAUGGGUUCAAAUCCCGUACGGGCCUGAAUUUUUUUCAGGUCCUAUUUACAACUACUCGUUUCAGUAGUGUUCUUAGCUGCGAGGAUCUCCUAAUUUCAUAUUCAGCUUCUAUUUCCAAUUUUGGAAAAUAGAUAUGUUUUAUAUAUUCAUUGCAUAUUUUUUGCAUUUUGAUUAAUUCAUGUUUCCACAAACAAUGCAUAGAAGAUACGAUUUUCUGCGAUAGUUAUUGACAACUACUUAUAAGACGAUCAGGUUAACUUUUCUUUCCUGUAUUAAGUAAAAAUUCUUGCAAAGUUUAGACAUUUAACCCUUUUGACGCAAAAUCACCUUUACUAUUUGAUAACUUAUCGAAAUAUGUCUGCAAAAUAUCUUCGUCAAUUGCUGGAAGGAUGUCCAAAGAAGGCCUUGAAGGAAAAACCUAUUUAAGGGGUUAAUAAAUUAUGCUUGUAGAGGUCAACGUAGACAGAAGAGGAAUUUCUCGAAAAUAAGAGUGCUGGAAAAAUCUUGGUGAUGACAAAAAACCUUUUAUUAUCAAAUUAAAAUGGGUUGUCGGAAGCAAAGAUUAUGACAAUACGCCUUUCCUCUUUUAUUUGAUUUUUUUUUUCAGGUAACAAAAAGAGGAACACUAUCAUUGUUGGAGUAGUUUUGGCCAUUGCCUUUUCGGCAAGCAUAAUAGUAACACUGCGUUAUUGCCGACGAUUGCAAACCGAUCUUACACCAUCGAUGCCAGGUUAG